CAUGGCUGAAGCUGCAGGGACAUCACAGCAACACGAUUCUCAGUUGAGAUGUUUCUCAGUCGUCUGGUGUUUUGAACGUUGAAACCAAACGUUGGUCCACAGUGUUUGAACAGUAACUUGUGUCUCAUGCUGACUCCGAGGUCGUCGUCCUCACACGUCCAGACGUUCUCAGCCCGACAUCCCAUGAUCCCCAAACUGUACGUGAUGCCAUGGAAACAGGACAUGAAGAACCAGAGGCUCCUCGUGAAGAACGCUGCUCUGGCAGAGAUACCUGUGGUUCCUCUUGAAGAGUCUUUGUGUCUUUGUGGUCGAGAGCGUCUCUGCCACAGUCAGGACGUCAGCCGCCGCUUCGCCUCUUCAUCCUCCUCAUCUUCCUCUUCAUCGUCCAGCUCCUCGGCUCCUCUCAGCCAAUCAGGACUGACAGCUCAUCACUCCUCCCACUUCUCCAGGUUCAACAGCUCCGUGGUGACGACCAGACGACUUUACCAGACCUGACUACACAUCACACACUAAGAAACUGUGUGAUGAUACAACUGAGAGAACUUCACUGGUUUACCUCUAAUAUUACUCAUGACGAUUCAUUAUAAUGGUAAUAAAUUGAGUUGUUAUAGUUUCUGUUUGCAAACAUUUAUUAUUAUUAGUAGAAGUAGUAGAAGUAGUAGUAGUAGUAGUAGUAGUAGUAG